AUGAGCUAUGGUGGCCUUAUUUUUCAGGAUAUUACUAAAGCUGGUAUCUACUCAGCUUUCUUUCUUUCUGGUGUCAACCUCAUCAGUACAAUCCCGGCUAUGCGUUGGGUGGACACUACUGGCCGACGUAAGCUGUUACUGAUUGGUACCGUCGGUAUGGUAGCUGGCCACUUAUUCGCUGCCAUCUUGUUUACCGCAAUCUGCAACGGCAACGUGGACGACGCCAGAUGUCCUAGUGUGGGUGGCUGGUUUAUUUGCAUUGGCUCGGCCUUCUUCGUCUUUAAUUUUGCUAUCCGUGGGGUCCCGUUUGCUGGAUCUACCCCGCUGAAAUAUUCCCAUUGA